AAUAACUAACAUAAAAGUAACUUUUAUUAAUCAAUUCGGAAUUAGCAUGAUCGAUUACCUAUAAGCUACCGCAUUUCGUUAGAAAAGCGAUUUGACAGUUGGAUAUGUUCCCUCGUAAGUCGAUACAAAACCAAGCACUCUUGACGCAAAUACUUUAAUAAAAUUAUUUAUUAACCAUGGAAACUACUUAUUUUAGUAAUGCAAACGAUCAUAAAAUCAACUGUUACAACUCAUAGUUAGGUUUGAGUUUUCUCAUGUGCCAUGGUCUGUUACCAAAAUAAAACCUAACUAACUAACAACCAAGGAACUCACAUAGCAUAGGAAAGAAUUUUAAAGGCUGAAUUUUUGCUCUUAAUGAACCUUCUUUUUGCGCUUUUUCUCCUCUUUUGUAAAGCCAAAAACUCUCUCUGAAAACCUUUUAAAUUCUCUCUCAUUUUUUAUUGAAAGGUACGACUCAGAACUGAAUUUAAUCACUUUCUAAUUUUAUUUUUAGAAAUAUUUAAAUUCACCAUGGAAUUUGAAUAAUUUUGCUUAUCAUUAUAAAUCUGUAUUAAGAUAUCUUAAUGCGGAUAUAUCAGGAAUGAAAGUUCCUUGGGCGUAUGUUGGAAUGUUGUUUUCGUGCUUUUGUUGGCAUGUUGAAGAUCAUUGGAGUUAUUCUAUCAAUUAUCUACAUUGGGGUGAACCAAAGACGUGGUAUGGCGUACCCGGUACAAGUGCUGAGAAGUUGGAAACCUGUUUCAAAUCUUAUGCACCGGAAUUAUUCGAAAAGACACCCGAUUUAUUACAUCAUCUUGUCACAAUAAUGAGUCCAUCAAUUCUCGUGAGAGAUGGUGUCCCUGUUGUCCGCCUAAAUCAGUAUGCGGGUGAAUUUGUAAUUACAUUUCCUCGUGCGUAUCAUACAGGCUUCAAUCAAGGUUACAAUUUUGCUGAAGCUGUUAAUUUUUGUCCAGCUGAUUGGUUAUUAAUGGGUCGUUGUGCAAUUGAUCAUUAUAAAGAAGUUAAACGUUAUAGUGUAUUUUGUCAUGAUGAACUUGUUUGUAAAUUAGCAUCGGAAUGUCAAUAUUUGGAUCCGGCUAUUGGUGAUGCAACAAAAUUUGAAUUAGAAUCUAUUGUUAAACAUGAAAAAAAUGGAAGAAAAUCGGCUCAUGAUCAAGGAGCUGCAAAUGGUGAUCGUGUAUGUUUUGAAUUGAUGCCGGAUGAUGAAAGACAAUGUGAUUAUUGUAAAACAACGUGUUUUCUAUCAGCUGUAUCAUGUUCGUGUAAACCAAAUGUUCUUGUGUGUGUCAAUCAUGUCGAUCAAUUAUGUACAUGUUCACCACCAUCCUAUUGUUUAUGGUUUCGUUAUACAUGCGAAGAGAUGUCUGACAUGUUACAAGCACUUAGUGAACGACUUGAUCUAUGUCAAAAAUGGAAAUUAUUAGUAAAUAGAUUAAUAUCAAAUGAUCACAGUAUUUUGGUAGAUUAUAAUGAAUUAGAACGUCAUAUGGCAUCUGGUGUUUUAUGUUUACGCGAUGAUAUUCGUUUAAAAAUAGAUCAAAAAUUAUCAGAAGCUCUUGAAUGUCGAGAAAUUGCAAAGCGGCUGUUAAAACGACUGACAUAUAAAAAUGUUAAUGGUGAAAUAAAAGAUGAAAAUGAUUCAAAUAGUGUAGAUAAACAAAAAGUGACAUUGGACGAAUUUCAUCAAUUAAAUUCAAAAGUUAAACAAAUUGGUAUCACAUUUAUGGAAAUGAUCAAUGUACAAAAUAUAUUAUCCAGUUGUAUUUGUUAUCAAGACGAUGUUCAAAAACUUUUGCUAUCUGAUCAAUUACAAAUACCUUCAGUUUAUACUUCUUACAUUGAUCGUUCCGAUCAGUUUUAUAUUGAAUUACCGAUUGUUAAUAAACUUCAUUCUUUUUAUCAAGCGAGUCUAUGGAAUGAAAUUGUUAAACGGACAACUGUACAAAUUCCUACAAUAGCAAAAUUAAAAAGUCUUAUUACAUCCGGUGAAUCAUUUUGUCAUUUACAUCCACAAAUACAUCAAACAUAUCAAGAUUUACAACAACAAAUACAUGUACAAGAAUCAUGGGAAGAGAAAUGCCGAAUAUUGAUGAAACAAGACCCACUUCCAACACUCGAAAUAUUAGAACAAUUUGUCAAGGAUGCUUCAGAAUCUGUGACUAAUUUACCAUCGACUAAUAAACUAAAAACAACUAUUGAAAAUUGUAAACAAUGGAAUCUAAAAUAUGAACAGCUACAAUCAAAUGAACAUUAUCCCUUCUUACACAGUUUGGAACAACUGUAUUCUGAUGCAAAAUUAUUAAACGUUGAUUUACCACCAUUAAAACAAAUUCAUGAAACAAUCUCUCAUGCAACUAUUUGGCUGGAUAAAACUCUACAAACAUUUAAAAAACAUAAUUCACAAUUAAAAUUAUUAGAAAUCAUUACACCACGAGUAUCAUUUAAUGAUAAGAAAACAAAACGUCGACGAAGAACAGGUGGUAGUAAUGGAUCAGUAGACAAUACAUUCGGUGAAUUAACAAGUACAUUAGAUGAAAAGUUAUUAGAUGCAAUAGAAGAUGAAAAAGAUCCAGCAACAAUUUUUCAAACUUAUCAUGAUUCUACUCAAAAAGAAAUUGAUGCCAUUUGUGUUUUACGUGAACAAAAUCAAUCAAAACGGUCUGAUGGAUCUUCAACUUAUUGUAUAUGCGAAAAACAAUAUCAAGAGAAUAUGAUUAAAUGUGAUUUAUGCAAAGAUUAUUACCAUCGUCAAUGUUUAUCUCGUUUGUCAGAUACAAUGUCUACAAUUCCAAUUUUAAAUGAUAAUAAUUCUCGAUCUUUGUCACCUGAACCAUCUAAUUCUACUUCAUCAUCGUCUUUAAUCUGGUGGUGUCAUUCAUGCAUUCGUUCAUGUCGUCCCCGUUUAGAAGAUGUUGUAAAAUUAUUAGCAAAUUUACAAAAACUAACGGUUCGAUUACCAGAAGGAGAAAUUCUUCAAUGUUUAACUGAAAGAGCAAUGACAUGGCAAGAUAAAGCAAAAGAAUUUCUUAAUUCGCUAGUCUCUGAAACAUCGAUUAAACAAGAACCAACUCUACAAUUUAGACCGUCCACAUCUGAAGAAAAUGAUUUCGAUAGCACAACUAGUGUGAGAUCAAAAUCUCAUAAAAAAUUUGCUAAUAAUGACAAUUCAUUACCGAAAUAUUAUAUCGAACAAGCGGAGCAAUUACUCAUGCAAGGGGCUUUACUUGAAAUUAAUGUUGAUGAAAUCAAACAAUUAACAAAAUUAUUGCAUAAACAUAGAACGGUGCCGGGAUCAAGUGAUAAGCCAAAAGUGUCGCGUAUUAGUUCAGCGUCCACCACAACAAUCAUUAAAGAGGAGAAUCGAAAAUCGUUAGAAAAGAUGAAGACUUCUAAAUUAACAAUAGCAACACGAAAAAGAAAGUCACAAGAGCCUCUUCCAACAAUAUCAUCGACAACGUCCAAAGCGUUGAUAUUUUUCUCUGUAGCCGCUCGCCAUUCUUCUACAAAACGUUCUCGUAAAUCCAUUCAACAACAACUCCGUUCAAAUCAUACACCAACAACAAAAAUAAUCUCAAAUGAAACAUUAAAAAGCCUCGAUCAGCCUAAUAGCACAACAUCCACAAUAACAUCAACUCUCAUUUCCAACACAAAUACUACUAAUUUUCCAUCUCUCGUCACAUCAGUACCUUUAGACGGUGUGAAUGAAACUCGAAUUUUAUUUGAAAAUGAUCAUGGUGAACACGAAGAUUUAGGACAAAGUCACAAUCACGGAUAUAAAGUUGAUGGUACAACAAUAGUGUCAACUGGUGAUGAUAAAUGUGCGUUAGGCAAUCAAUGUUUGAAACCUUCUGAUUCAAGCAUAAAAUGGGUUAUGUGUGAUAAAUGCGACAGAUGGUUUCAUUUAAUUUGUGUUGGAUUAACGACUAUUAAACGAAAUGAUGAAUUUAAAUGUAGAUUUUGUAAAGAACAAUAA